AUGGACGUACAGUUGGAGAAGACACUGGAUCUCACACACAAAGAGGAGACCAUCUUCAAUGUUUUGAAGAGCACACUUCAAUAUCCCGCCAGCACAGAAGCAGGAUCUCAGAAGCUUGUUUAUGAUAUCAUCUUCUUCUGUACAUCAGCAGAUGAGCUUCCAUUUUGGGAGAUUUGGCCUGCCGUCCUCGCCCUGGGUUCGUGCAUUCAACCUGGUCACCAGUGGCAGGCUACCCUGAUCCAGUCCAUACGCAUUAUGCGUCAAUUGGAUGUUUCUGUUGCCCAUGGACCUGGGGUAUGUCCCCCUAGGGAGCACCCCAUUUUCUUGGAUCCUCACCCCCCUGAGACUGGUAUACUCGAGAGGUGGAAGAAUUUGAACUCAUUUCUUGCAAGGCUGCCCGGGGACGAUUCUAUCUUUUUCGUUCGCUUGGCACUGGGACAAUUAGAGGGUGCUCUAGAGGUACCACUUGCAGAGUCAGAUUCCCAAUUGCCUUGGACGGAGUGCAAGAUCUGGACGGGGACUGAGUGGAUCAUUCACUGCGGACGUCGGAUUUUCAAGGCCGUCGCCUCCAAAGACAGCCCAGAAAACACCAUUCCGAACCCUGGCCCGUUAAGUGGUGAUAUCCCUAAGCAAAGUGUUGAGAGAUGGGAGUUUUGGAAGAAGCGCUUGGCACAGAUUGCUGUGGAUUAUCCCACCACUGCUAGUUGGAUCUAG